UUUUGUCAUUUGCUUUACCGUGUAAUGAAUUACUUGAUACUACGUCAUGCGUGGUCAUAAUGGCGUUCAGUUUAGUCGCCUUUUCGUAUAUUGUGGCAUUACUUGUUGAUGCUUUUUUAAUAUUUUUUGCAAUGUUUCAUGUCAUUACAUUUGAUGAAUUAAAAACUGGCUAUAAAAAUCCGAUUGAACAAUGUAACAGUUUAAAUCCGCUAGUUAUUCCAGAAUACGGUUUACACAUUCUCAUCAAUAUUUUGUUUCUAAUUAGUGGACAAUGGUUUUCAUUGCUCUUAAAUAUACCAUUAAUUGUUUAUCAUUUAUGGAGAUAUUAUCACAGGCCAGUAAUGUCUAAAUCAGGUUUAUAUGAUCCUACCAAUAUACUAAAUGCUCAAGUUCUUACAGCACACCAAAGAGAGGGUUGGAUUAAACUUGCAUUUUAUCUCCUAUCAUUUUUCUAUUAUUUAUAUGGCAUGCUUAGUUCAUUGAUUCAGUGAGGACACUAUUUCCUACUAUAUUUUCGAAUAUAACAAAACAUCUUUAGUGUAAUAUACUUCACAAAUGUAAAUCAUUUAUAGAAAAUAAACCUAAAUGAGAAUGGGAA